AAAGUUCAAAGUGUUAUUAUUAGGGCAGAUUUGGGUAGUCAGGAACAGGAAGCAUGAGGCUGCUUAGCUACCUCCCCGCAGAGCACCACGUGAUGGAACACAGGAGGACAGGGGCUUGGGAGAGUCCUUUUCAGUGUCAGGUGAAACAACAGAGACGAAAGAUGACUGCCCUGGGGGUGCUUGGUUCCCCCACCCUCUAGUGUCUACUUACUCUGCAAGUGCCGACACCAAGCUAACGACAGUCCCCUCUGAACAUCAUAGGCCUCGAGGUUAUGACUUCCCCAGCCUUUGUUAUUUGGUUUUCUACUGCACAGAAAUAGCUACAAUUUUGACUGAGAGCCAUCAUAAUUAGGCAUCAGGACAUUCCAGGAGAACAGAGUUAACAGCAACAUCAUGGCCUCGGCGGGUCUCCAGCUCCUUGCUUUCAUCCUGGCUUUAUCCGGUGUCUCUGGAGUGCUCACAGCUACUCUGCUGCCUAACUGGAAGGUGAAUGUGGAUGUGGGCUCCAACAUCAUAACAGCCAUUGUGCAGCUGCAUGGGCUCUGGAUGGACUGCACAUGGUACAGCACUGGGAUGUUCAGCUGCACCCUGAAACACUCCAUUCUGUCCCUCCCCAUCCAUGUGCAGGCUGCGAGGGCCACCAUGGUUCUGGCAUGUGUUCUGUCUGCUUUGGGGAUCUGUACUUCCACAGUAGGAAUGAAAUGUACUCGCUUAGGAGGGGACAGAGAAACCAAGAGCCAUGCUUCCUUUGCUGGAGGAGUCUGUUUUGUGUCUGCAGGAAUCUCUGGUUUGAUCCCAACAGUGUGGUACACAAAGGAGAUCAUAGCAAACUUUGUGGAUCUGACAGUUCCAGAAAGCAACAAACACGAACCUGGAGGAGCUAUCUAUAUAGGAUUCAUUUCAGCAGUGCUGCUGUUUAUCUCUGGCAUGAUUUUUUGCACUUCCUGUAUAAAAAAGAAUCCAGAAGCUUGGCUCUAUCCACCCAGGCAGGAGCAUAUCUCUACCACACAGCUAGAGAACAACUCAGAACACAACCUGAAGGAUUAUGUGUGAAUUACUAUAUAAUGCAUACAGAAUGAAGCUUUGGGGUGUCUACUAGGACUUUUAGAUUUAAAAAAAAUCAGAAUUAUGCCUAAAGAAAGUAGAGUCUAAAACUCUUUAAAAACUACAAGGUAGUUUAAAAUGCCAACAAAAUGAUCAUACAUACA